AUGGACGACGUGAAGGGCGCGCUCGGGAAGGGGCUCGACGAGGCGGCGGCGAUGACGGAGGGAACCGCGCCGAUGGAUCCGGAAAAGGCGGCGAAGAAAGCGGCCAAGCUGGCGGAGAAGGCGGCGAAGAAGGCGAAGGCGGAGGCGAAGGCGGCGAAGCAGAAGGCGGAGGCGGAGGCGCGGGCGAAAAAAGAGGCGGAGGGAGGUGGGGAGUCGAAACGGAAGAAGAAGGCGAGCGGGCCGAGCGAGGAGGACGCAAAGGCGCUCGAGAGCGCGCUUGCGACGCCGAAGGGAGAGAUGAAGGAUUUGGUGCACACGGCGAUGGCGACGUCGUAUAAUCCGCAGGCGGUGGAGGCGGCGUGGUACGAGUGGUGGGAGAAGUGCGGUAUGUUUACGCCGAAGAUGGGGACGAACAAGCCAAAGUUUGUCAUCGUCAUCCCGCCGCCAAACGUCACGGGCGCUUUGCACAUCGGACACGCACUGACGAACGCGAUUCAAGAUACUAUUGUGCGCUGGAGAAGAAUGAGCGGAUACGAGGCGCUUUGGGUUCCUGGAACCGAUCACGCUGGGAUCGCCACGCAAACCGUCGUGGAGAAAAAGUUGCAGCGCGAGGAGGGCGUCACGAGACACGAUCUCGGCCGGGAAAAGUUCCUCGAGCGCGUAUUCGAGUGGAAGGACGUGUACGGAGGGAAGAUUUGCAACCAACUUCGCCGAAUCGGUUCCUCCAUGGACUGGUCGCGAGAGGCUUUCACCAUGGAUGAGAAGCUUAGCAAAGCCGUCAAGGAGGCCUUCGUUCGCAUGCACGACGAAGGUUUGAUCUAUCGCGACAACCGGUUGGUGAACUGGAGUUGCCAGUUGAAGACCGCGAUCAGUGAUAUCGAGGUCGAUCACAUCGAACUCGAAGGUCCGACGAUGCUGUCCGUGCCGGGGCACAAGAAGCAGGUUGAGUUUGGCGUCAUCACGUCCUUCGCAUAUCCUCGCGAAGACGGACAAGGUGAGGUUGUCGUCGCCACGACGCGUAUCGAAACCAUGCUCGGCGAUACUGCCGUCGCGGUUCAUCCUGAGGAUGAGCGUUACAAGAGUCUCCACGGCAAGUUCCUCGUCCACCCGUUCAACGGACGUAAAAUCCCCGUCAUUUGCGACGCCGAACUUGUUGACAUGGAGUUCGGUACCGGUUGCGUAAAGAUUACGCCGGCACACGACCCGAACGAUUUCCAAACUGGUAAGCGACACAAUCUGGACUUCAUCAAUGUCUUCAACGAGGAAGGUUUGAUCAACGAGCAAGGUGGCGAGCAGUUCCAAGGGAUGAGGCGAUUCGAGUGCCGUGUCGCCAUCACGGAGGCGCUCGAUAAGCUCGGUCUCUAUCGCGGCAAGGCAAGCAACCCAAUGCGUUUGGGUCUGUGCAGCCGCAGUAAGGAUGUUAUCGAGCCCAUGCUUAAGCCGCAAUGGUGGGUUAACUGCGCAGGCAUGGCGAAGGAUGCAUGCGAUGCGGCUCGCGACAAGCGCCUCGAAAUUCUUCCCUCCUUCAUGGAGCCAACUUGGUUCAGAUGGCUCGAGAACAUUCGCGAUUGGUGUAUAUCUCGCCAACUUUGGUGGGGUCAUCGUAUACCAGCGUUCUACGUGCGUUUUUCGGGAGAAAAUGACACGGAUAGUGGCAUGCCAGGCGGUAGCUCUGAGCAGCUCGAUCGCUGGGUCAUCGGCCGCGACAUGGCUGAAGCGCGCACCGUGGCUGAGAAGAAGUACCCAGGCAAGGAAUUUACCCUCGAACAAGACGAAGACGUUCUCGAUACGUGGUUCUCCUCCGGUCUAUUCCCGUUUUCGGUGUUCGGUUGGCCUGAUGAGACUCCAGACUUGGCAGAAUUUUAUCCAACGUCCCUCCUUGAGACUGGUCACGACAUUUUAUUCUUUUGGGUCGCUCGCAUGGUGAUGAUGGGCAUGAAGCUCACCGGCAAGGUUCCAUUCAAGCAAGUCUAUUUGCACGCCAUGGUUCGAGAUGCGCACGGGCGUAAGAUGUCGAAGUCUCUCGGUAACGUGAUCGAUCCGCUUCACGUCAUCGAAGGCAUCGAUCUCGCUGCCCUGAACGCGACUCUUCUCGGAGGCAACUUGGACGAAAAGGAGGUCAAGAAGGCCACGCAAGCCCAAAAGGCUGACUUUCCGGAGGGCAUCCCCGAAUGCGGCACUGAUGCGAUGCGUUUCGCUCUCGUGUCCUACACCGCUCAAGGCCGUGACAUCAACCUCGAUGUCCUUCGCGUUGUGGCUUACCGACACUGGUGCAACAAGCUGUGGAACGCCACCAAGUUUGCGAUGAUGAACUUGGGCGACGGCUACGUACCACCGACUGAUUUUAACUCGUCGUUCGACGUCAAAAAUAUUCCACUCGCGGCCAAGUGGGUUCUCAGUCGUCUUAACGCGGCAUGCGCGGGGACGAAUGCGGGCAUGGAGGCGUAUGAUUUCAAUAAUGCGACGAACUCCGUGUACGCGUUCUGGCAGUACGAGCUUUGCGACGUAUUCAUCGAGAUCAUCAAGCCCAUCAUGAGCGGAACUGACGAAGUCGCGAAGAAACAAACCAGAGAUGCUCUUUGGAUUUGCCUUGACGCUGGUUUGCGACUCCUCCACCCUUUCAUGCCCUUCGUCACCGAGGAGCUUUGGCAGCGACUCCCGCGAACACGCGAUGAAAACACUCCAAAGAGUAUCAUGAUUGCUGAUUAUCCCAUCGCCGUCGAUUCCUGGGCAAACGUGGAGGCCGAGGUGCAGAUGUCCGCCAUCAUGGAUACCGUCAAGGCCUUCCGCUCGAUGAAGUCCAAUUACAACCUUCAACCCAAGGCGCGACCGGAGGUCUUCUUCUCCACAAAGUCGGCUGAUGUGGAGGCGGCUUUGAAGGCUGAUGUCGAAGGUCUUACCACUCUUGCGUCAGUGGGCGAAAUGAAGCAACUUAGCGAAGGUGAGUCCGCCCCUCCGGGAUGCGGUGUUCAAAUUGUGAACGAAAACAUCACCGUGUACAUGCUUUUGAAGGGCGUCGUUGACGCGGCUACGGAGAUUGCGAAGCUCGAUAAAAAGCUCGACUUGCUUCAAAAGUCUACGGAUGCGCUCAUCAAGAAGACUGAAGACGAAGGAUACGAGAGCAAAGUGCCAGAAAACGUUCGCACCGCGAACGCAGAAAAGAUUGCCAAGCAAACUGAAGAGAUCAGCUCUAUCAACGCAGCGCGCGCGGAAUUCCAAGCCCUCCUGUAG